CUUCCGGGUUGGGGCUGCAGUGGGAGGGCACUAAACUGCUGCUGGCUGCCCCGCAACCGACAGCAGACACUGCUGGAGCGCAGCGCAUAGAGCGGGAGCAUGCGUGUGUGACGGGCGUCUGUGGUGGGAUCUGUCAGGCCCCUCCCCUUGUUGGAGCCCCUUCACACCUGGACUGGAGACCCCAUUUCUCAGUCCCAGUGGCAUCAACUUGUACAGCCAUGAGGAAGUUUGCCUACUGCAAGGUGGUGCUGGCCACGUCUCUGGUCUGGGUGAUGCUGGACAUGUUCAUCCUGCUCUACUUCAGCGAGUGCAAUAAGUGCGACGACAAGAAGGAGCGAGGACUGCCGGGGAGAGACGAGGUGGUCCAGAGGCCCCACGACGGUCCGGGCGAGAUGGGCAAGCCGGUGGUCAUCCCCAAGGAGAACCAGGAGAAGAUGAAGGAGAUGUUCAAGAUCAAUCAGUUCAACCUCAUGGCCAGCGAGAUGAUCGCCCUCAACAGGACCUUGCCUGACGUGCGUCUGGAAGGGUGAGUGGUGCCCGGGGGGGGGGGGCAGAUCACUGUCGGUAUCCCAGCAUUCCUAGCCGGGGUGGGCAUGGGGUGCAAAUCUUCAAGGCCCCGCCCUCCUCGCUGGGUCUAACAUCACACCGAAAUUUUGAAUAUCUGGUUGAUAUUCAAAUGUGGGAGGAAGACAUUUGUAUUAUCUGUUAGUGUUCACUGUUAGCCGCCUUGUACCAACAGUUGCUAUCAGAUGCUACGGGUUCAGUAUGUGAUAACAUUCCAGAAAAACCUGUUUCGCUGAAGUGCGUCACGCAGCAGUGGCACUGGAUACGUGGUCAACAGUAACUGGAUUAUGGAGGCUGUAGCAAAGUAUACAGCAGAUUUAGCAUUUUAGUGGAAUGUUGGAUUAAUGAUAAUGGCCAGGUGUUCAAUCAGAAUUUUUGAUGUGAUGGAAGGAGAAAUUUUACCCCGGU